AUGCCGGUUCUUCGGAAUGGGGACCCCACUUUGAGGGUCUACUUCCAGAAGUAUGCCAUCCCGGAUAUCUACGAGGCCUUGUUAGGUGGUUUAUUAAUUAUGUGUCCGGAAGAUCCACUCCGAUUUUUAGAAGAAAAGAUCAAAGAAAUUAUGGAAAAGGGUUUAUAUGGUAUUAUAUGGAACAUGUGUAUCGAUCCAGAGUUAAGUCUGAAGCUGAGGGUCCUUUCAGAUACAUAUUUACAUACACUUUUAGGCCUUGAUGAUGACCAGCUGAUGACCACAGAGUUAUGUGAUAAAGCUUGGGACCUCUAUAGCACUAAUCUUAAGAGGAAGUGCUUUGACGCAUGGAUCAAAUACUGUGAGGACAAGAAAGCAGCUGAAGAAUUCCUAAGGAAAAAACUGGCAGCUGCAAGGCGCUACUAUGACUGCAGGCUACUACAAUUAACGAUGAGGAAAUGGUGCGAGUGGAUGAAUUCUCAGAAAGAAAUACACAAACGAGCAGGAAAACAAAUGGAAAAAAUCUUCGACAAAGUUUUGAAGAAAGUGGUAUUUAAGGCCUGGCGAAAAAGUAUCAUUGUAAGCAAAAAGCCUAAAAAAUCAGUUGAGCCUGUGUUGGAAUCUGAGGAAUUACUUUUUGUUCAACCUGAACCCCGCGAGAGACGAUAUUCGGAGAAACGCCGCUCGAGUGCCGCCCCCAAACAUGUGUUCGAAGAUUUACCUGUAUUCCAUACGAAAUCAGGCCGAGAAUAUUUUACUAAGAUGCCCAUGCAACCAUUAGCCCAGAUUUUCCGGUAUUUAAACAUAGUUGACUUGGCUAGGUGCGCUCAGGUUUCCCAGACCUGGAAGGCCAUGACACAAGUGGUUACAGUAUGGAGUAACAUUGAUUUUUCUGAAGUGAAGGACGUCAUAAACGAUCGUGUGGCACAGCGGAUUUUGCAGAAGUGGCACACGAAUGUGGUGCAGUUGAGCCUUCAUGGCUGUGCUACCUUACACUGGCUUACUUUUAAAGCUAUAGGUCAGUGUAAGAAUUUGCAAGAGCUAAAUGUUUCCAAAUAUCAAGGAUUAAAUGAUAAAUUGAUCAGAAUCGUGGCAGAAAGCUGUUCGGCUCUCCUGCACUUGGAUUUAUCUCACACGGACAUUUCAAAUGGAACCCUGGCGCUGCUGCCCAGGUGCUUCCCCAAUCUACAGUUUUUAAGCCUCGCGUACUGCAGAAAAUUCACAGACAAAGGGUUACAGUACCUCGGCAAUGGGAGAGGAUGUCACAAGCUCCUGCAUCUGGAUAUUUCGGGCUGCCUCCAGAUAACAGUGGAAGGCUUCGGGAAUAUUGGUAACAGCUGCAGCCGGAUCAAGUACCUGACGAUUAAUGAAAUGCCUACCUUUACCGACAGAUGCAUUCAAGCUUUGGUAUCAAAGUGCCAAAGGAUUGAGUCGGUUGAAUUCAAUGAAUCUCCACACGUGUCCGACAUUGGAGUCCAAGCAUUAAACGCCUGUCAGCUUGUUAACAUGAAGAUUCAAGGGAGUAACCGGCUUACGGAUCUGAGUUUCAAAGUCAUGAGCAAAUUCUGGCCCCAAAUGAAUCAAAUUUGCGUGGCCAAUUGCCAGAAAAUAACAGAUAUCUCUCUCAAGUUAAUUGUACCACUGGAAUAUAUCGUUAUCCUCAAUCUAUCCGGCUGCACAAGAAUCAGUGAUUCAGGAAUAAAAGCGUUUGUCGACGGUAAUUCAGCUUCAAAAUUAAAAGAACUCAAUUUGGCUGAUUGUUGCUAUGUUUCCGACAUUUCCCUUGUGAAAAUAUCUGACAGGUGCCCAAAUCUAAUUUACUUGAAUUUGCAUAAUUGUCAAGUGGUGACGGAUGCUGGGUUCCAGGCUAUGACAGCGAUGGCUUCAUUAGCCUAUCUCAAUAUUUCACGAACAAACAUCACUGAUCAGGGUUUGGAGAGCCUGGGCAGGCAUUUGAAAAUUAAGGAGAUUAUUCUGUCGGAGUGUAGGAUGAUUUCUGAUACAGGCAUGAAGGUAUUGUGUACUGACUUGAAAAAACUAGACUAUGUUGAUUUGUCUUUCUGCCGGUACAUAUCAAAUUCUACGUUAAAAUAUUUGUCAUUGAAUUGUCGCAGACUCACAGUCCUCAUUCUGGUGGGCUGUUUCAAGAUCAACGAUGCAGGGAUUCAGUUAAUCGCUUCGGGCUGCAAUUUCCUGCAUUAUCUGGAUAUUUCAGGUUGCAAAAAUGUUACCGACAGAGCACUAAAAAACCUGAUGAAAGGUUGCUUGCAGCUCCGAAUACUUAAGAUGUUGUACUGCAUAGGUAUUACCCGGCCGGCUGUUUCAAAUUACGCGCCGAGGCUCCAGAAAUGCGAAUAUAACGAUGAUGAGCCGCCUUUAGGGUUCGGUUACGGGGUCAGCGGUGACGAAUUGAUGACGCCAAAGAAACUGAAAAAGCGUCGAUACAGCACCAUGAUGGCGGCGCGACCGAGCGUCGUAGGGAGUUUGGGAGAAAAAGAGUUUGAACAAACCAAACUUCCUCUGGUGGGAACCAUCGCAGAGCAAGCCGUGGAAGAAAGUUUGAUCUCGCCAGGAAGCCUUGCAGAAGAUCCUUAAAAGGUGUCCGAUGUUUAAAACUCCCUAAAAGCCGCCAAUCCUUUUUGUUAGCGGGGGAAAAAAAUGUACCUUUUUUAAAAAAAGAAAUGCUUUUUGUUGAUUGGUAACAAAGUCCGUAUCAAACAAUAUUCCUUUGUUGUUGUUGUUGUUGAUGAUGAUGAUGGUCUUAAAAAAUUGGGAAGGAAAAGGUAUGGCUUUUUUCUUUUUCUUUGGAGAAAACGUGGAUAAUAAGUUGUUAAAAGAAUGUGUUGUGACUCCAGCCACCGAACCUGGCCCCAUGCCCGACAGUGACUUAGAGAGUGAGGGGGAAGGGCCGGUAAGGCUUACCUCAGGAGCACCGAUUCCUUUGACUCGGCUCCAGGAGCCAGAACCAGACCAGUCGGAGGACGUAAUGAGGCCAUCAUCCCCUGAUUCCUCCCUUCCCCAGGCUACACCUUCAGACCCAGCUGAUAAUAAUAAUCAAGUUUGGCUUGACCCGCGCUUCAGAAGAUUAGAGAGGCGGCAUCAUCAAAAGGAAGGGUGGGACAGGAGCCCCACCCCACAGGAUAUAUAAGGAGCUUUGGGACUGCUCUCGCUCCACGGGAAGCAAAGUUUAGCUCCGUUUCAAAAAGAGCUGAAAGUCUUGCUACAUGAGUCAUUUGUUUGAACUUUGGCGGGCAGCUGUGAUUUCUCUGCCAGGACUGAUAAGAGCCGUGAAUCCGCUGGCUGAAGGCCAACUCGUGGGUCUGAAGUGGGGAAGGAGACAGAACAGAAUGUGUUUGUCUGCAGCCUUAGCGUAAGCAUUUGAAGUUGGUUGAUUUUAUUGAUGGGAGGGGUAAAGAAUGUUAAUAUUUUAUGGCGAUCAGAAUUCCUUGCCUAUAUCCAAAAAGUUAAGUCGUAAGGUGGCAAAAUGCAUUUCCAAACAAAUAAUUGACAUGACAUACAUACUCGUUCUGAGAG